AUGGCGUCCUGUCUGGCCCUGCGUGUGCUUCUGCUGCUCCUCUCAGGGCUGCUGGCCCCCGCCGUGCUCACAGCCGAGGGUCCACAGGAGCCGGUGCCAACGCCGUGGAACGAGCCGGCCGAGCUGCCGUCGGGGGAAGGUCCUGCAGAGAGCACGAGCCUGGCCCGGGAGCCCGCGGCCACAGACGCCCCGGCCGCCACCGCCGCGCCAGGCCCGGAGGACAGCACCGCACAGGAGCGGCUGGACCAGGACGGCGGUUCCCUGGGACCCGGCGCCAUCGCAGCCAUCGUCAUCGCUGCCCUUCUGGCCACUUGCGUGGUGCUGGCGCUCGUGGUGGUCGCGCUGAGGAAAUUCUCUGCCUCCUGAAGCCAAUAAA